ACGGCGAAUAACUCCGCCGCCGCAUCCGUCCGCCGUACGCCCGUCCGUCCGGUCAUCAGGUCUCGGCAGUGCAGCCGCGCUCCAGUCAGAUUCGAGAGGUCGCGCGCGCACCUACGGAAUACAAAUAUUUAUCAUUAUUACUAUUAUUACUAUUAUUAUUAAACUCCGCGGCGCCCGCACGCGCACGCCCACACGUAGCGCCCGGUAAAUCCGAUUUCGGUUUAAGAUAAUAACAAUAUAUAAUAUAAUAAACACGCGGACACUGCGGCCGGUGAUAAAAUAUCGACGUUACGCCAACACUGCUGGACCUGCCCGCCCGGGUACUACGCUGCACUACAAUAAUUUUGGGACGAAUUUUCGAAUUUCCGUCUCCACGCGACGAGCAUUUCCUGCAGGCUGCAUCAGCGGUUUGCCGACUCCGCGAGCCCGGACCAGCGGACCAUCGAACCAACGCAACGGACGAGUGAUGCACCCGAAUUGCCGUUGCUGUCGCUGGUCGGCGGUCAGAAGAUAAGGCACGCAUAAGUUUGUAGUGGCGCCGUUUCAAGUUAGUGAAUAAACAUACAAACGGACAAGUGGGAACAGGUGGACAGCAAGACGGACCGCAUUACACACGCGUUGCACAUGAUGAUGAUGACCAACUGUCUGCAGCAGAGCGUGUGCGCAGAGGCGGCGGCCAUGCAGGCGAUGGAACUGCACCGCCGGAACAGCGGGGGCGGGGGCGACCAAUCGAUCGGCAAGUCUGGUCGCGACGACGGUUCGGCUACCGAAUACAACGACGACCGAGUGCAGCCCACUUCCGGCGGCCGUUUGAACGGUUCGGCCGAACGUCCGUUGAAGUUCAGCAUAGACAACAUAUUGCGACCGGAAUUCGGCGGUGGCACCGGAAGCUUGGCCACGUCCGGUGGCAGUCCUCCGACGGUAUUCAACCCGUACGACCACCAUCACAGACACUACCACCCCCAUCAUAACCAUCUCCAACAACAACAACAACAACAACAGCACCUCAACCACAUCGACCGUCUGAACCACCUAAACUAUCAACUCCACCAUCUCAACCAACUCAGUCACAACGCCGCGGCCGCUGCCAGCGCUAACACAGCGGUCCGCGCGGCUGCGACGGCCAUCAAUGACGCGGCCGGCCCGGCGUCGUCGGAUCACGAAAAAUCCAAUAGCAGCAGACGGUCUUCGUCGUCGUCCACAGCCGAACCGCUCAGUUCACCCAUCGAUCUGUCGUGUUCCGACUCUCAGACCUACGUCAACCCCGCCGCGACCGCUAACUCGACAACCGUCAGCCCAACCGCCGCCGCCGCAGCCGCUGCCCACAGCACCGCCAACACCACCCACGCCACUACCAACACUGGUUCCGUAGACGCGGCCAUCAAUGCAGUCGCUGACAAAGAGAGCUCUCAACAGUGGCCGGCCUGGGUGUACUGCACAAGAUACUCGGAUCGCCCUUCUUCCGGUCCUAGGACGCGGCGUGCGAAGAAAAAGGACAAGCAGCAGCAGGACGAGAAGAGGCCUCGGACUGCGUUUAGUGGCGACCAGCUGGCCCGGCUUAAGAAAGAGUUCACCGAGAAUCGGUACUUGACUGAGAGACGGAGACAGGAGCUGGCCAACGAGCUAGGUCUGAACGAGGCCCAGAUAAAAAUAUGGUUCCAGAACAAGCGGGCCAAGAUCAAGAAGGCUAGUGGUACCAAAAACCCGCUCGCCCUGCAGCUGAUGGCCCAGGGCCUGUACAACCACAGCACGGUCAUGGUUACUAAGGAGGAAGAGGAACAGCUGGCCGCGGCUCAAGCUAUGGAAAUCAACGACUGAAUAAGCAUAAAAAAACAGUAAUUCUAUUCGGUGACCUCUCAAACGCUGCUGCUGCCCGCCCGAUGCAAAUAUCGACGUGGUGCCCGGACAUUGUUUCAGGAAAUGGGUAUACCUAACAAUAAUAUUAUUGUUGUUGUUGUACAUCAGUAGACGGGGAAAAAAUGUGUUGGAACGCCAUAGAUAUUAUGACCCUACACCACCGAAGAAAACGCGUUUUUGACAUAAUAUUACGAUUUUAUAUUAGGACCCAUGCGAAAAAAAUCUUUAUUAUCAUAAUUAUUAUUAUUAUUAUUUUUUUUUAUUUAGAUAUUUAUUAAUUAUUAUUAACGGUCGGCGUGCAUUUAGUCGACCGAUUUCAAAACGUAAAAUGUGUACAGUAACAUUGUUUGAAGAAUGUGUGUGCGAUUUAUUACCUUUUCGAGAUAAAUUAGUUUGUGUAAUUGUAUAUUAAAAGUGAACAAAUGAAAAACAUUAAUCAAAACGUGUGCCCACGCACGAUUUAGAUGUUUAUUUUUAAAUUUAAAAUAAAAAUUAGUUCCUUUUGUAUUAAAUUGUUACAUUUGCCUACUAUAUCAUGUUAAAUACGAAUAACACUAGUUUUGUUAGCCAUAUUAUAAUGUAUAAUGUAUAUUGUUUAUUAUGUAAUGCAGUUUUGUGUGUGCCUAUGUAUAUAAUAAUAUAUAAAUUCGAUUUCUUAGUUAGAAAAAACAACAAAACAAAACAUUA